AUGGAGGUGCAGCAGGCACUGGUGGCCUCCAAGGAUGGGGAUGUGGCCACCUUGGAGCGGCUAUUUGAGGCUGGUGCCCUGAGACCGGACAUCACUGAUGAUUUGGGGGCUGGUCUGGUGCAUCAUGCAACCCGGGCUGGUCACCUGGACUGUGUCAAGUUCCUGGUGCAGACAGCCAAGCUGCCGGGAAACCAGCAGGCACACAACGGGGCCACACCAGUGCACGAUGCAGCAGCCACGGGCAACCUGGCAGAGCUGAGCUGGCUGGUCCGUGACGGGGGCUGUGGGCUGCAGGACCAAGAUGCCUCAGGUGUCUCCCCGCUGCACCUGGCUGCCCGGUUUGGACAUCCGGCCCUGGUGGAGUGGUUGUUACGUGAGGGCCAUGCAGCCACACUGGAGACACUGGAAGGGGCCUUGCCACUGCACCACGCUGCUGUAAGUGGUGACCUGACCUGUCUGAAACUCCUGACAGCGGCCCACAGCAGUGGUGUGAACCAGCGGACGUGCAGCGGUGCCUCUCCACUCUACCUGGCCUGCCAAGAGGGCCACCUGCAUCUGGCACAGUUUCUGGUGAAAGACUGCGGGGCCGACGUGCGCCUGCGAGCCCUGGAUGGCAUGAGCUCUUUGCACGCCGCGGCUGCCCGUGGCCACUACUCUCUAGUUGUCUGGCUGGUCACGUUCACAGACAUCGGCCUGACAGCACGGGAUAACGAAGGAGCCACUGCUCUGCACUUUGCAGCUCGGGGGGGCCACACACCUAUUCUUGACCGACUCCUGCUCAUGGGUGCCCCCAUCAUGAGAGAUUCCUGGGGAGGAACCCCCCUGCACGAUGCAGCCGAGAAUGGACACAUGGAGUGCUGCCAGACCCUGCUCUCCCACCAUGUAGACCCCUUCCUGCGGGAUGAAGAUGGGUAUACAGCGAUGGACCUGGCAGAGUAUCACGGACACCAGGAUUGUGCCCAGUUCCUGCGGGAAAUGUCUCGGCCAGUGCCAGUCCUGAUGACACCCCCACCCCCGCCAUUUCCUCCUCCUCCACUGCUGGCUGCAAAACUCUCCCUGGAAGACGAAAGAAGAGGGGACUCAGGACCCAGGAGCCCCUCAUCUGUAACUCUCAGCCCAGUCUGGCCUGCUCAGCCUGUCCGAAGGGAACCAAUGGCCUGCACAGCCCCUCUAAGGGUCACCACCUCAGAUGCCCUUCAGGUCCCCUCAGGGCGUGUCACCUGCCUGUCUCUACAGGGCCCUGAGGUGGAACCCCGGGACUCCCUUGAUGGCCUGGCCACUCUGCAGCUGGAUGGGUUGCCUUCAGGAGACCUUGACAUGCUGGUGCCCACCCAGGAUGAGCGUGGCCGGCCCAUUCCUGAAUGGAAGCGGCAGGUGAUGGUGCGGAAGCUGCAGGCUCGCCUGGGUGCAGACCAUCCUCCAGAAGAUCAGGACUCAGGCCCCACCCCUGCAGAACAGGCAACUUGGAGGUAUUCGCAGACGCACCAGGCCAUCCUGGGCCCCUUCGGAGAGCUACUGACCGAGGAUGACCUUGUCUACCUGGAGAAGCAGAUCAACGACCUGCAGCUCCGGCGCCGAUGCCAGGAGUAUGAGAGCGAGCUGGGCCGACUGGCAGCCCAGCUGCAGGCCCUCCUGCCCGAGCCCCUGGUCAGCAUCACCGUCAACAGCCACUUUCUGCCCCGGGCUCCCUGCCUGGAAGUCGAGGAAGCUCCAGUUCUGGCGCCUGAACUUGAAGCCUCCGAGGAAACCGGGAAGGGGGAGCCCAGAGGGCAGCCACUGCCCUUCUGGUGCAGCCACAUUGGUCGUCUGGUGCGCAGCAUGUCCCUGCUGCUGAAGGGCAUGAACGGGCUGGCACAGGGCGAGGAGAAGCCACUCGCCCCGGCCCCGCAGGACCCAGGCAAGGAGGCCAUUGUCGCCCUCCCUCGAAGUGAGGCCCAGCGGGAGAUCCAGGAGUGCGGAGUGUCAGUUCGGACGUUGCGGGGAAACUUCGAGUUCGCCCCGGAUCUGCCCUGCGCCUCGAACUCGGGUCCCUGUGAGCUGGGGGCGCGGCCCGGCCAGUGUCUGAGAGGCUGCUGGUCCGCACCGCCACAGCCCCGAGGCGACCCGAUGGGUGGGGAGUCCCGGCCAGGCGACACGGAGGAGGCCAGUGACUCGGGCAUCAGCUGCGAGGAGGCCCCGUCAGAGGGUGGUGCGGGUCUGGGGCUGGACCUGGCCAGCCUGCGCAAGGAGCGCAUUGUCAUGCUUUUCCUCGGUCAUUGGAAGAAGUCCGCCUAUACACCCGCGCUCAGGACAGCCGCCUGCAGGACUCUAGAGGCUCAGCGUGCACGAUCCAGGGGCCCCGAGGCCGCAGGUAGCCCCCAGCCGCCCUCCCCGCAGCCCAGCGACGGUCCCCGGCUCAGCCACCUGUGGCAGCAGCGUGGCAUCAUCACCCACCUGCUGGGCACUUGGAAAGCCAUCAUGGCGCACGUGCCGGCCCGGCAGCUGCGGAGGCUGAGCCGCAGGGCGCGCGGGCCCCUGUCCCCCGAGCAGUUCUUGCCGCACGUGGACGGGGCACCCGUGCCCUACAACAGCCUCUCGCUGGACCUCUUCAUGCUUGGCUACUUCCAGCUCCUGGAGUGCGACCUGCCUGCCGAGGAGCGCAAGAUGCGACACCUGCUGUGCUUCGAGGUUUUCGAGCAUCUGGGCGCGCACGGCUGGGAGGCCGUGCGAGCCUUCCAUAAGGCAGUGACCGACGAGGUGGCCGCGGGCCGCCGCGCCUGGACCGAUGGCUUCGAGGACAUCAAAGCCCGCUUCUUCGGCUCCAGCCAGGGUCCCCCCUGGGACGUGGAGCCUGGUCGCAAGCUGGGCCUGACACCACUCGGGUCCUUGCCCCACGCUGCCCUCCAAGGCAGUGGCCCAGAACCUGUGGCCCCGAAGCUGGGGUCCGACUCCCAACGGGGCAGCUUCAACAGUGGGGACAUCUGUGGAUACAUUGACCGCAGCUUCGCCUUCUGGAAGGAGAAAGAAGCUGAGAUGUUUAACUUUGGAGAAUGA